AUGCCAUGGUUGGGCGAGCAUGUUUCGGGGCUGCCUAGGCGAGCAGACCUUGCAAGGGGAGAGGCGAGGGAGGAGCAGCUAUCCCUAGAUCUGGCCGUUGGGGGAGCGGGGCAGCAUGCUGGUAUAGUGAGCCCAACCGAGCUCACGCACGCAGGUGGGUGUGCAGAGCAUGCGGGUGAGCAGCCCAUUCAUGCCAAGUUCCAGGCGAGCCCAUUGUUGGGCGACGCAGGUGAGCGGUCAGGACAGUCCCUUGGUCUGGGUAGUCCAGCUGACAUGCAGGCUGAUCUGUGGAGUUCGGGUGAACGGUCUAUUCACGUUGGAAAGGCUGUCUAG